AUGGAUGAUCGAAUGGAGGAACCAAAGUCCAUUCAAAUUGAUCAGUUUCUUUCUUAUCCGCUGAGAAACUUCGAAAAUGCAGCUUCGUUCGCGAUUGAUAUCGGUGGCAGUCUUACAAAGCUCGCGUAUUACUCGACAGUCAAGUUUAGGAUAAACAAAGUUAAGAAGGACGAAAAAGAGCUGUAUGAUGUCUCAGAAACUGACAAAAUCCUCCCACGUCUACAUUUCAUCGUGCUCGAAAAUCAAUACCUGAUGGAAGCCUUAGAUUUCAUUCGAGACAGAGUCAAAGCCAGAACGCAGGAUGCUGGCCCUGUUGAGUUUUUCGCUACAGGCGGAGGUAGCAUUAAAUAUGCUCAGUUGCUAAAAGAAAAGAUUGGUGUAGAACCUAUCAAGCUCGACGAAAUCGGCUGUGUCGUAAGAGACGAUUGGGAACGCGUCGGCGGAACAUCAAUGGGCGGCGGCACUUUCUGGGGCCUCGGUCGUCUUCUCACGGGCAAGGAAUCUUUCGACGAUAUUCUUGAGCUUGCCGAAAAGGGCUCUAGAAGCGGCGUGGACACACUUGUUCGCGACAUUUACGGGUUAGGGACCCCGAUUGGCGGCGGCGAUUACGGAAACAUGGGACUUUCUGGCGACAUCACGGCUUCAUCGUUCUGCAAGGCGGCCACCCAAAAGUCGUCAAAAAUUGAAGAAUUCAAACCAGAAGACCGAGCCAAGUCACUUUUGCAUAUGAUCUCCAACGAUAUCGGGCAGCUAGCUUACCUCUAUGCCAAACUCAACAACUGCAAGAAAGUCAUAUUUGGCGGCUUCUUCAUACGAGGACAUAUGGAGACAAUGAGGACUGUCAGCUUUGGAAUCAACUACUGGUCUAAAGGCACGAUUCAGCCCCUCUUUCUCCGCCAUGAAGGAUUUCUCGGAGCCAUUGGCGCAUUUAUGCAGUCAAGCCGCGUUGAUAAAACGAAACUUUGGGGUGAGAACUUUGCCUCGAGCACGGGCUAUCGAGAACGCUCAACGAGCAAUUCGAAGGAUGAUGAUUCGAUAUCAACUUUGGAGUUGGAUCAAAUGGACAUCGCGUGUGAGCCCUUUCCAUAUUUGAUUGACUCGUACAAAGCGGAUCAGUGGGAUCUGACAGAUGACAACGAGUCCAGAGAAUAUUGGUUAGCAACCUUAAAAUCGUCGACGGGAAAAACAGCCUCCAUCGCGAAACAAUCUCAAGUCAGUUCAAGCGAUGUCGAUAACCGUAUUUCCGAGUUCAAAGAAAAAUACCUCAAGCGGUUAGACAAUCUGCGACGUAAACCGGGUUCCUAUGGACGACUGUCAGUACGAAAACUGCUAAACAUGAGGGAAGACCUUCUCAACGAACUGCUCUUCCCUGACCCGUAUAUUCACAUCAAAAAGAAGGAGAACGAGUUUUUCUUGCCCCUUCUCGCAAAAAGAAUUCAAGAAAUCGACUCUUUCACCGACCACAAAAAGCAAUGGGAGGAGUGUUUCCGCGGCAUCCUGGGCGGGAACAUGUUCGAUUGGGGUGCAAAAGCAGUAACGGACAUUUUUGACGGCGCUGCCAACGGCCUCCUGCAAUUUUCAUCAGCUUUAGAGAAAAUUCAACCACGCCCCUGGUUAGUUGACCAUUUCGAUGCAAUUUACGAGAAGUUAGGAAGAUACAAAAGUGUUUGCAUUUUCUGCGAUAAUUCUGGCGCCGAUGUGAUUCUAGGAGUGCUUCCUUUCGUCCGUCAAUUGUUGAGAGACAAUCUUCAGGUCGUCCUCGUCGCAAAUUCGAAACCUGCGUUGAACGACGUCACCUAUUCUGAGCUCGUAGCACUGAUGCCAAAAGUCUACCAUCUCUGCCCAGAGUUUGAGAGCUUCGUCAACAACGAAUCCCUCAUCGUCACGGACAUCGAGUCGAGCUCACCAUGUUUGAACUUGAAGACAGUUCCAACGCGACUUGUUGAAAUUCUGAGCGCGAAGAAAUGCGACUUGCUGAUUUUUGAGGGCAUGGGUCGCGCUAUUCAUACCAACUAUCACUCUCAGUUCAAAAUAGAUUCGAUGAAACUUGCUGUGCUGAAAAACGAGUGGAUCGCGAAAAAACUCAACGGAAAACUGUUUGAUGUUGUUUGCAGACUCGAUAAGAAAGUUGAAAACUGA